CACAUUGUUCAUGCCCAUCGAGUCACACCAUUUGUUUAGCAACUAGAAAUAUUUACUAGCAGUUAAUGUGAAUGGGUAGAGAAACUCCGGCCACCGCUCGAGAAUUAUUGGCGGCGAGUUUUUCCGGCAUGGUUUUCGGGUUCCUCGAAGACUGCGAUGAGUUCCCAGAAAAUUACGGCAGCAGCACCGAAGGCUGCCAAGAAAAUGAAGCCUACUUGUUAGAUGAAGAGGAAGAAGCUGGAGAUCAGAAGAAGGACAUGAGGUUUUGGGAUAACCAGCACCAACUUUUACAAGCUACGUUACGCAGAACUAGUUCUCUAGAGACGAGGAUUAGGAGUUUGACAAGGGAGGUGGUGAAGGAGAUACAGCAGUCGGGGAUGGAGUGUGGUUGCGGGAAAACGAUGGCGGGCGGUUGCCAGAGCUGCCUCUUGAGAGAAGUUUCCGGUAGACUUUGCAAUGCUGGUCACAACAGUGCCAUCUGCAAGUCUAAGUGGAGGAGUUCACCGGAUAUUCCUUCAGGAGAGCACGCAUUUUUGGAUGUGGUGGACAAUUCAAGGCUAAAGAAAGGAGAGGUGAGAGUGAUCAUAGAGCUGAACUUCAGAGCCGAAUUCGAGAUGGCUCGAGCAGGCGACCAAUACAACAAUCUAGUUCAAAAACUCCCCGAAGUGUUUGUUGGCAAAGUUGAAAGACUGCAAAGCCUGAUAAAAAUUUUAUGUUCUGCUGCAAAGAAAUGCAUGAAGGAAAAGAAAAUGCACAUGGGGCCAUGGAGGAAGCAGAAGUACAUGCAAGCAAAGUGGCUUAGCCCCUGCAAAAGAACAACAUUGACACCUGUUUUGGCCGUGGGAGACUCCUCCCGGCUGCGACCGAAGCCUAAGGAGUCGAUGUUAACCGUAGAUUUGCUAGAGAUGAUGCCUAACAGGCAUUGCAUGACAGCAGUUCAAGUUGUGUGAUUUUAAGCAAAUUUUUGGUCGUGUUCUUGCUUUGAUCCAGUAAUACUUUGUAAAAUACUUUAGAAGUUAGGGCAUGUGUAUAUAUGUAAACGAAAAAAAUAAUCUCAUCAGUAAUGAUAUGAAAUAACAAAAUAAGUUCCAAGA